CAGGAAGUGGCUGAAAGUUAUCAGACGUUCUCUGCAAGUGCAAGCAAGUGUGUCGUCCUCACGCCUGCCUUAAAAUGGGCCAAAUAGAAUGGGCAAUGUGGGCCAAUGAACAGGCGCUGGCAUCUGGACUUAUUCUUCUCACCGGUGGUAUUGUAGCAGUUGCUGGGCAAUUUAAAGGCUGGGAAUUUGGAGCCUAUGGAAUUGCUGCUGGAGUCUUUGUUUGUCUGCUGGAGUACCCACGAAGCAAGCGCAAGAAGGGUUCCACAAUGGAGAGAUGUGGCCAGUCAUGCAUGUCAACUGUUCUUAAAGCAUUUGGUCCCCUGACACGUAAUUACUAUGUCCGCGCUAUCCUCCAUGCAGCCCUAGCCGUACCUGGAGGUUUUAUCUUAUCCACAAUAUUGGGCACUGUGUGUCUAGGCAUUGCCAGCAUUAUAUACUUCUUGGCUGCUAUACGUGGUGAGGAAUGGCGUCCCAUUGAAAUGAAACCAGAAAAGAAAUUAAAAAUUGCAGAGACCAUCAAACGCCCUCCUGAGAACCCUCCUCCCCGUCCACCACCAGAAGUGAGAAGGAAGCAAGUUGAUGAAGUUUCUUUGGGAGGAGGCCAUGUAAACCCCAUUGUUGUUACUGAUGAUGCAGUAUAAUAUUGUCAUUAACACAUUGUUGGAGACAGAUAUAUCUUCCUCUUCCAUUCACUUGGGCUUUCUUUUUUUAAAGCCUUUUUUUAAUGGACUUUUUUGGCUACACCAACACUGCUUUACUAUGGUGCCUUGUUCGUCUUUAGAAAUACAAAGACUAGGGGUAAGAGUUUGUGAAAUUCAUCACUCUCUUACUCAGCAACUCAGUUCAGUGUGGUUGGGCCAUAGAGUCAAAACAAAUCAUGAACUCAAUAUUUAAAGUUUAAGAACAAGAUAUUUGAUCUCACUUCCUUAUUCAUAUUUUGCAAAACUAAGAGAUAGCGCUGAAGACUGUUUGCUAUAUGUUACUUGGUAAGCUACUAGAUGUAAUGUAUUGUGUUAACUAUAUUGUGGUUUAACUGGAGAAGAUGACAGCCACCCCUUGGUGUAAAAUAAAACAAAUGCAGAUGUACCUAAAUUGAAAUGUUUAUAUUUCACUAGCUAAAAAAUAUCCACCUGUAAUAUGGACAGGCAGAUGAUGCAUAUUACUAUCACCAUAAACUGUCAUUGAUCAGAGAUUAUUGCUUCUGUGAAAUAAUAGGUUUGGUCAUUUCAGAAUUCCUGCAAACCUUUCCACAGGGGGCCUCAUUCAAGUGCAAUAUGUCCGUUGGCUCCUUACUCUGGCUCUGUCUUAUUAUGAUGUCUCCCUUUUUCCUACCUAUAUGCAAAUCACAAUAUCACUGUAUAUGAACCACAAAUCACUGGAUACAUAGACUUAGUAGCUGCUUAUUACUGCCUGCUUUCUGUUCAUGCAAAGGUAUGACACUGCUGCUUUUAUAAUAAAUGUUUAUAUAUAGUC